UCGCUUUGCACACGCUCGCUCCGCCUAGCGCCCAUUCCUUCCCCAUCGUUUCCCGCUCAGCUCCGAGCCCAUCGCCGCCGCCGGGCGCCCCCGCUGCUGUCAGACCUGCUCGCAAUGGCAGCUUCGUUGCUGCCUCGCAAGGCUACCAGGAUGCAGAUGCUGGCCCAUCGAGGAGGCCGAUGUUGACGCCAUCUUCUGCAUCAGCUCUAGAAGCCACAGCAGCGGGGGAGCAAGCCGACAGCUCCUCCAGCAGAGACUCGGAUUCGUACAUAUCCAUCAAGAGUACGCAGAGCUCCAACAGAAAGCGAAGAUCCAGACAGACAUCGAAGAGUCGUUCCAUCGUUGCUGCGGACGACAGAGACAAAAACAGCCAUGCCGGCCACGGAAUGACCCUCGCGACCUUUGCUUCCACCGAAGACACCGCACGUGCGCUUCAUCGCUCUGCCGUAGCGCUCGAGCAAGCUCAGACAGGACAACAGGCGAGGCGCUCGCGAGACCGGUCGCGUUCGUGGACAUGGCAUAUCGGCUCAGGCUUCACCCCGGCCAGCACGAAUGCUCCGCCAUCGCCGAGGGACAGCUCGCCAGAGCGAGGAUUCGAGCGGCCAACCAUUGCAGCCCCGUCUACAUCCUCGUCUGGGCGCCGCAGGGACGAGGGUAACAGCUCGCGGCCUCGCAAACCGCGAGUACGUGGCCGUGCAAACUCCUCAGCGUCGUCCCAUGCGCAUCAAGAAUCUCAACUACCGUCAGCCGCGCAUCUCUCAAGUGGAAGCGGAAGAGGCAGUCGCUCUUCGACCCGGCCCUCCACGCCAUCGUCCUCUGCGGCAGCAGACUACCUGGACCUGGACCUGGACGGCCCGACUCCUGCUGGACUAAACGGCGCGGGGAUCCGCGUGGUGCCCCCUCCUCGGGUUCGAUCCAGUCCUCAUCUUGGCGAGCUUCAGCGUCUAGCGCACAGCUUUUCCCCUAUCCACACACCGUUUCACAGCUCGACGCAGCCGUCAUCUUCCUUCGAUUAUAGUAACGCAGCCGCUGCCGUAGCCGCUGCAAACGCCGGGUACUUUGGCGCCGCUGCCGUAACCACUCCCUCUUUCCUCACUGUGCACAACCCACACCUACCCUCUGCAUCAGCUUCCCACAGCGAUGGAGCGGCCAUCCGCUGGCUCGAAGCGGCUCGUGCCCACGCUGCAACCCUUGGCUUGCAGCACACCACGCAAAGCCCCUCUCAACUACCCCUCAACGACGUGCCGCCUCCAUACUCGCCGCCGCAAUCUUCCCUGCAACCUGGCUUCCUUCCGCACCAUAACCGCGAUACUAUGACAGCUCCGCCGUCGGAUGACGAGCAGCGCGCUCCGACCGAUGCGCUCUGUGUGAGCCUCAAUGGCUCGGAUCUGCGACGUCGGAGGCGGCACGCAGGUGAUGAAGGCGACGAACGAGGUGCGCUGGAUCCUAAUAUCAGGCCAGAAGAACGCCAGGGCGUCACGGAGUACCGCAGCAGGCGUCGCCGGAGAGCUGCGAGCCACGAUGGAGCGAGCAUGUCUCGCAUGGUUAGCCUGACCCCAGUCGCCACUGGGCGCGAACUGCCAGCGCCGGGGCAGACUGGUGAUCUCGGCCACCGAAGAGCGACAGCGACGAGCCUCGGCGACGACUUGUCGCCCGACAGCAUGCGCAGCGAUGCAGAUAGCCAUUUCGAUGGCGUCACCAGUGGCGGAGAAGGCGCAGACAUGAUGUCUGAAUUUGGAGGGGAUGGCGGCGCUGCCAGCGCGUUCGCAGGGGAUAGCAAGGCCGGGGGCGCAGAAGAUGACGUUCUUGUCCUGCUCAUCCUCCUCCAUCCCCUGCGCCUACUCGCCGCCGUGCCUGGUCUGCUAGGCACAUUUUGGCUUUUACGCAACUCGGUUGUUCUGGCGCUGCAACAACAAGACUUGAGGAGACUAGGCGACCGUAGAGAUCCGGGACCGCUCGACUUCUUUGUCUCUUGUCUUUGGAGUCUGGGUACCGCUUUCUACGCGCUCUCGUUCACCACCUUGCUCUUGCGAAGAUGGCUGCUCUACUAUUCUCUGCUUCCAUCCCUCAUCCCCGCUCGGAGCAUGGGUUGUCAUCGCGUCCACAUCGGCGUUCUCGGACGUCGUCGCCCGGUGGGUGACCAGCAACAUUGCCGAUAUGCCGCUCCCGGACGAUGACGCGUCCGCCUCGGAUGGACUUCUUCGCCGUGGCGGCCGUGGGAUCGGCAAGGGCAGCUCCAGGCUCUUCAAGCUGAUCAUGGGCGAGCCGGGCAACACGGAGCUUGACGAGUCGGAGGAGACCGACUCGGAGGAUCAGCAGGAGGAGGACAGCUUGCUGGAAGAGUUCCGCGCAGCCGACGCAGCGCUCGCGAGCUUGACGAGCGAAGGCAGAGGCGCUGCCAGGCGCAAUGGCCACCUACCACACGACGCCUUUGUGCAUGCACCUGCACCUGCGG